UGACACUGUCACAAAAAUCCAAAUUCAGAUUGGGUUAAAAAUCAGCUCUUCGAAUAUAUAGAUUUUUUUUGUUUGACUUGGAAACGAUGCCAGAACACUGUUAACACCAAGCAGCAGCUAAACAACAAUCCUAAAGAAAGUACAAAUCAAAUGGAAAUGCAAUUAGGGGCCAUGCUGCAUGUAUACAAGGGCGAGUGGGGCUUGCCGUCAAUUGAUUAUGAAUGUUUGCGUGCUUUGUGCCUGCUCCGCUUCACCCGUUGCCCGAUGGAUGUGGAGACGAAUGCGAAUCCUUUACGCUCGGGAGCCGGCAAACUGCCAUAUCUGCAAGUAGGCAACGAAAAGUUUGUCGGCUACAGGCAGAUAAAGCGCGUGCUUGAUCUUGAGGGCUAUCCCAUUGAUGUGCGUUUAAAUGCGAAACAGAAGCACCUUUCUACUACAUACGCCGAUUGGGUUUUUACACAUCUUCAUGCCUACUACCAUUACUUCCUCUUUGGUGAGCCGAAUAACUAUGAUACGGUCACACGUGGGUUAUAUGCCAAGCGUACGCCAUUCCCGUUCAAUUUCUACUAUCCCGCCACGUAUCAACGGGAAGCCCUCGAUGUGGUUCAGGUUUUAGGAGGUUUCGACAUCAACGAUAAGAUUGACAAACACGAGGCAGAAUAUUUGGUAAUGAAUGCCAAGAAAUGUGUUAAUCUGCUGUCCAGCAAGUUGGGUAGAAAGGUCUGGUUCUUUGGCGAUACCUACAGUGAAUUGGAUGCCAUUGUCUAUAGUUAUUUGGCCAUCAUCUUUAAGAUUACACUGCCCAACAAUCCACUGCAGAAUCAUAUUAAAGGUUGCAGCAACCUGGUGAACUUCAUUAAUCGCAUUACCAGGGAUAUAUUUCGUAAUGAGGGUUAUAGUUCCACCAAACUCACAAAGACUGCCAAUACCACGGAUGACACGCUGACGCCGUCGGAGCGUAAAUUUCUCGAGUCUGAGCUAAAUACCAAAAUUGUGGCUGGUGUCGGAGCCAUCCUGGCGAUGGGUGCAUUUGCAGCAUGGCGUGGGGUUUACAAUCAGCUAACAACACGCUCAUCCGGCGACUAUGAUGGCAUUGACUAUGAGGAUGAUGAGCUGGAGGAGGGCCUGGAUUAGUUUGCACACUGUCUAUCCAUAUAAAUUUGUAAGCAGCAUGUAAAAAGAAAAAUCCAUUUAUAUUUUGAGAAAACAAAAUGCACAACAUUUAAAAAACAAAAAAUCCAAAUCGUGUGAAUUGGAUAUAUGUAUAAUAGUUACCUUUAAUGCAAAAUAUUUUAUGUGAUGAACGGAUACGUUUUUUAAAUUAUCCUAUUGUGGAAAAAUGUUUUAAAAAUGAAGCCACUAAAGCAUUAUUAAUAUAUAUUUAAAAAAAUAUGUAUUUUCUUUCUGAAAAGUAAAGUGCAAAUUGAAUAUAUUUUUUUUGUGAGGCAAAUGUUUGUUAAUCCGCUAAACCCCGAUAAUCGUUGUUAUAAAUUAGAAAACUGUUUUAUAUUUUCCUUGUUUCAAAAAAAAC